GAUUCCGUACCGGGCAAGGAGAUGACACUUUUCAAUUUCUCUUUCUUUUUGAGAUGAGACUAGUCUUUCUUUUUACAUUAUAUUUAAUUGCUAAAUCUUCUUGACUUAAUUCACCUGUAAUAAAUAAAAGAUGGGAGACUUUAUUACUUUCUAAUAAGAAUGAAUAAAUCGAUAAUAUCUGAAAGAUCUGAUAGAAAGAAAUAUAAAUUCUUGCGAAAAGCAAACAAAUAGCUUUUAAUGAGAUGGUGUGAUCAUAUAAACUAAGAUGAUUCAUCUCAUUAUUUGGAAACUCGAGUUUUCAAAUAACAAUAACAAAAUGGUUUGUUCAGACGCUAUUCACAAUAUAAUUAACUAGUUGGGCACCUUUUACUUUUCCAAGUGUUAGGUUCUGAUCAAUUAAACCAUUAGCUUGUCUUAAAUUGAAAUUAGUUGCCCAUUUACGGAUAUAAAUAUAAAUGAUCUCGCGAAUUACAUUUAGUUAACAAAAAAUUCAUUGCGUGAGUUAUAUCGCCAUGGCGUCAAUACCUUACAACUUAUUAGUUAUUUCUGGUGUAUCUGGACGUUAUCCUGAGGCUCAAUCUUUGGAAGAGUUUUGGUUCAACCUGUUGAACGGUGUUGAUGGUGGUACUAUCGAUAAUAGAAGAUGGCCAACUAAUUUGCUCAAUAUACCUAAAAGGUUAGCCAAAGUUCCGAAUAUUGGCCUUUUUGAUGCAGAAUUUUUCAAAAUACCUACAGAGUCUGUAUCAACCAUUAUUCCAACAAUUCGUGUUUUGCAUGAGGUUAUAUACGAAAUGUUUAUUGAUGCUGGUUUCACCCACGAUAGUUGGCGUGGUACGAACACAGGUCUUUUUGCUGGUGUAAGCGCGAGUCAUAGACCACAAUUUGAAGGAGUUCCUCUUGGUAUUAAUCAUCCUGAAAGUAUAAAUUGGUUACAUUAUGUGUUUGACCUGAAAGGUCCAGUCAUCAGCGUGGACACUGCAUGUGCUGCCGCUGCUUCAGCUUUUGAUGUUGCAGCGAGAAGUUUAUUGAUUGGUGAUUGUGAUCAAGCUAUUGUUCUUGCUCAUAAUCAUUGUAUUAAUCCAUCUAUUUCUCAUUGUUUCAGAUCACUUGGAAUGAUCGGUAUUGAUGGUAAGUCCAAAUGUUUAGAUGCUAAUGCUAAUGGUUAUCUCAGAUCUGAGAGUAUUGUUGCGAUUUUAAUUCAACGUAAAUCUAAUGCCAAGAGAGUUUACGGUUCUCUAAUGAAUAUCACUGUGAAUAAUGAUGGAUUCACCAAAGAAGGAAUUACUUUUCCACGACUUGAAGGUCAGAUAGAUGUUCUUAGACGAUUAUUUAAAGAUGUGCAUUUAGAUCCCAUGGAUAUCGAUUAUGUCGAAGCGCAUGUAACGGGAACUGCAGCUGGAGAUCCAAUUGAGUGUAAGGCAUUGAUGGAAACAAUGAGACCUGAUUCAGAUAAACCUCUUCUUGUUGGUUGCCUCAAAUCAAAUAUUGGUCAUUCUGAAGGUUCUUCUGUUUUAAAUGCGAUCUCAAAAGUUGUUAAGAUUUUCCAAACUGGUGUAAUUCCUGCUAAUUUACAUUUCAACAAACCAAAUCCUAAUAUCGAUGGACUGAUUAAAGGCGUUAUUAGACCAAUUCUUGAAAAUACAAAAUUCGAUGGAGAUCAUAUUUUGGUAAAUUCAUUUGGGUUUGGUGGUGUCAAUACUACUUUCAUUUUGCAAGCCAAUUCUAAAAGAAUCGAAAACACUGAUCUAAUUUUAAGUUCCAAUAAAAUUCCACGUUUAGUCAAUUUUUGCAACCGAACUUAUGAAGGCUUGGAAACUAUUGUUGAUUUUAUUGAGGAGCAAAAAGGAUCAUUAACAAAAUACACGUUGGCACUUUUGGAUAACAUGAGUAAGAUCAAACCAUCAACAGGGUUUGAUCAUCGUGGAUAUUUAUUGUUGGAUCAUGAACAAACAAUCAUUCAUCAAACAUUGAAACAAAAUGUUUCAACUGAUGAAGUUUUUCCUUGGUUGGUAUUCACUCCAAUGUUUAAUGUCUCAUCACAAUCAUUUGUUCAACUGUUGGAAGUUCCUCUAAUUUAUUCAAGAAUAAGAUCUAUGCAAACUGAUCGUUUGAGUUCAUUAGGAAUUGAUGUUAUCAAGAUUAUCGAAUCGAAUCAACAAGAUUUAAUUUCCUUCUUAAUUUCAUCUAUUGCGAUUCAAAUAGCUCUUUGUGACCUACUAACUAAACAUUUGGAAAUUAAACCCAAAGGCAUAAUUGGUCAUUCGAUUGGUUCAAUUGCUGCUUCUUAUGCUGAUGGAUGUAUAACUGAUGAAGAUGCUCUGUUAAUCGGUUAUCAUAUUGGUGUCGCUUGUAAACAAUUCAAAGGAAAAGGAGCAAUGGCUUAUGUUAAUUUAUCAUGGAGACAAAUUGAAGAGAUGAAAUUAGGUAAUAUCGAACUAGCUUCACACAAGUCGGAAGAUUGGACGUUGAUCACUGGUACUGAAGAUAAAAUUAAAAAGUUCAUCUCAUCAAUUGGACAUAAUGUCGAGACAAAUAUUAUUGAUACUAAAGGGAUUCCUUUUAAUUCAUCUCUGCUCAGAGAAAUAUCAAAAUCACUUGAACUUGAGAUCAACAAAUUUCUCAGACCAUUGAAAACAAAUUCCGGACUAAAGACUAAUGUUUGUGAAAACUUUAUUAACUCUGACCAAGAGCAUAUCAUUGGUGGACAUUUUUUCGUUUCCUGUAUAACAGAAUCAUGCAACUUUAAUGAAAUAAUAGAAAAGAUUGAUUCUAACUCUGUGUUACUCGAGAUUGGUUUGAAUAAUGAGAUGAGGCAAUCAUCAAUCUUCUUUAUAAGUGAUCAAGAGAUUUUGAAAAAUAUUAGCAACUAUAACCAAUCGAUUUUGCAUCUUUAUAAAAUGAUUGGUCAAAUUUAUCUUCAUGGUCUUAGUCCAAUGGUUACAAAUCUUUAUGAUCAAAUUGAAUAUCCAGUCCCAAGAGAAACUCAACCUGUUGGUCAUCUGAUUAAAUGGAAGCAUGAAAAGAAAUGGUUUGAUGCUAAAUAUGACAAGUAUUCUAAUCAAAGAACUGUAUUUUCCAAAAUAGUUGAUCUUCACGACCCUUUAUGGUCAUUUCUUACUGGUCAUCAGAUAGAUGGAAGAAUUUUGUUUCCAGCAACAGGUUAUCUAUAUGUUGCUUGGCAAAUGGUCUGUAGGAUGUUUGAUCUCGAACCUGAAGAAAAUCCAAUUGAAUUCUAUCAAGUUCAAAUUCUACGAGCAACACAAUUCACAUUAACUGCAAGUCAAAUGAAAUUUGUUACUAAAAUUAACGAGGAUCUUGAAACUUUCCUCAUCUACGUUAAUGAGAGUAAAAAUGUUUGUAUUACUGGAAAAUAUCGUCUUGUUGAUAAACCGCCAGUAAACUUGCUACCUGCUGAUUUUAAGAAUAUCAAAGAAAUUUCAGAUAUCAUACUUCAAAAGAAGGAUAUUUACAAGGAACUUAGAAUUCGUGGUUAUGAUUAUUCGGGAUCAUUCCAAGGUGUAGAAGAAGCUUCUUCUAAUGGAAGUUGGGGUAUGGUCAAAGACACUGGACAUUGGAUUAGCUUUUCUGAUGCUUGUUUACAUGUUUCUUUAUUGGCUUCGAAAUCCCGUAAGCUGAUUGUUCCUGUUUACAUUGAUUAUGUUUACAUGUUUCCACCAGAAACAUUCAGUGCCUUGAGCGAUGAAACUGUCAGAUCAGUUUCUGAUUCUACUAAAAAACUUAGUGUUUAUUUCAAUCAAGAAACGCAAAUAGGACUAACAAACGGGUUCAUUCUCAAAGGAUUAGAAGGCGAAGAGAUCAGAAGAAAGAUUAACAAAGUGAACCACCAAAUACGAAACCAUAAUCUAAUCCCAUUUAAUUCUUAUCACAAGCUUAGCAAUGAAAAAGCAACGAGACAACAAGAGUACAGUUUUCAAUGCAUGAAAUUGAUUGAGAAUAUCGAGAGAUUGAAAUCAAAACAACUUGAUCCAAUAGAUUAUAAUGAUAUUAAGCCAGAGAUAAAUGAAAGUGAUAGUUCUGAUGAAGCUUUCAGACAAAUUUUGCACGAGAUUUUUGAGUUGGAGAUAAAACAAUGCAAAAGUCCAAUGGAUGGUGUAGAUUCCAUUCCAAGUUUGAAUAAUGUUCUCAACCAAUAUAAUAAUGCUCUGUGUCGAGAUUUUUUCUUUUAUGAGCCAGAAAAAUGUUUACUUGAACAAAUUCUGAGCAUUGCUAGAUACAACUUACUCAAGAAAAAAAUCUCCCUUGCAUUUUGUAAUUUCAGUCAAAAUCUAUUAAUAUUUGCAAACGAGAUUGAAAAUAUUUUCAAUGAUUAUGAAUUCGCUACGAUGAAUAAUUUUAUAAAGAGUGAUUCUAAUUUGGUUUAUAUUCAGAAUCAAAACACCGAAAAUAGUUCAGAAUCAAAACUAUACGAUUUUGUUAUUAUUCGUGACAAGUCUACUCUUCUCAUGUACAAAGAUACUGAGCCUGAAGUCAAAUGCAAUCAAUUCGACCUAUUGUUGAAGAAUCUAUUUGAUUCACUGAAAGAAGGUGGAUUUUGUCAAAUUAUGACGAGAACCAAAUUAAGACCAGUCGAACAAGAAUGGCAACAGUUGAUUGGAAAUAAUCAACAGAUAAACUUUAAUUUAUCAACACUAAAAAGUAACGCAACCGAUGUUGGAUUCACUUGGAUAUGUCACAAGGAGAUGGUCGAUGAAGGAUAUUGUUCAGUUCUACUGAGACGUCCAUUCGCACCUAAUCCAGAUCAACAGGUAACAUUUAUCAGAGUGAAACUUGAUAGUAAUUAUGAUUGGAUUGAUAAGAUAAAAGAAUUGUCUAAAGAUAAGAAUCAUAAAAUCUGGUUAACUGGAGGUGGUUAUGAUAAUGGGAUAGUUGGAUUCAUCAUGUGUCUGGUUAAAGAUCCACAUGGUUAUAAUAUAAGGUGUUAUUAUGAUCCGAAAAAAGGAGAUGACGAAGAGAUAAUUGUUCCUGAUGAAGUGAUGCAAAAGGAUUUGAUAGUAAAUGAGGUUGAUGAUAACGGAGAAAUUGGAUUGUAUAAAAGUGAACUUGCCAAUCUUGAUGAUUUACAAAUCGAAACAAUGUCAUGUUAUGCUGAUAUUAAAACCAAAGGUGAUCUUUCAAGUUUGCGUUGGUUCCAAUCACAUCAUAGUAAUUGGACUCAUAUUCCUAAGGAUAAGCUCAUCGAAGAUCAUGAAAAGAUAAAAAUCUAUUAUGGAUCUUUGAAUUUCAGAGAUGUUCUAAUUGUCACAGGAAGAAUUACUUUACAAUUUUACAACCACGAGCUACAAACUGGUCCACUAAUUGGAACUGAGUUUUCUGGAAUAGAUUCAUUAGGUAAUCGAAUCAUGGGAAUGUGUGCAGCUGGAGUAAUCGGAACAUCUCUUUGCGCUACCACUCAUUUAACAAAGAUUCCAGUUCCAGAAAAUUGGACAUUAGCCGAAGCUGCAACAGUUCCUGUUGUCUAUCUAACAGCUUAUUAUGGUUUAAUUUCUCGAGGAAAUUUACAAUCUGGAGAAAGUGUAUUAAUUCAUGCAGGUUCAGGGGGAGUUGGUCAAGCAGCUAUUUCGAUUUGUCUAUCUAGAGGUUGUCAAGUAUUUACUACAGUUGGAACACAAGAGAAAAGGGAUUUCAUUAAGAAACGUUUCCCUUCAAUCGAUGAUGAUCAUAUUGGUGAUUCUCGAUCGACAUCAUUUGAAGAUAUGAUUAUAGAGAUGACCGAUGGUCGAGGUGUUGAUUUGAUUUUAAACUCACUUUCUGAUGAUAAGUUAAAAGCUUCCCUUAGAUGCUUAUCAGAUUUCGGUCGCUUCAUCGAAAUUGGCAAAUAUGAUAUGAUCCAAAAUACUAAAAUUGGUAAGUCAAUCAUUCAAUUUUGA